GAAGAUGGGGCCUCCAUGACCUUCUUCAGUCCUAGCCCGGGACGUGGGAUGACGGACAGCACCAUCCGCCAGUUCUUUGACGCCGGCAGAUACCGCCAGGUCAUGUCUCGCAUUGACGCAGGCGCGGACCCUAUGCUGGACGACUAUCUUGAGGAAGGCUUUUACAACCGUCCCGCUGCUUUUAACCGUAGUCGGGUGAUUGACCGCCGCCGCAACUCUGGAUUCGGUGAUUGGAGUGACAGCCCCGUCCGCCAAGGCCGCAAGCGCGCAAGAGGACCGCGGGCUGUAAAUGAUGAAGACGAUGUUCCUAUGACUGUCUCGUCUCGUAGAGGCAUCAGGAUCGGCGACUCUCCCGCUGUAUGGAGUUUCUAUGAGCAGCGAUUUAAGAACUGCCAACAGACGGCUUGCAAGCUCAUUGCCAAGGCCUGGGUCAAGGCCGUGGAGCCCAAGAAGCAGUCUACGCAUCCUUACACCGGCAGCGAUGAAAAGGCGCCUGCUUGGUGGCCAAAGCCGUGGGGGCCUACCAAGGACGACAAGGUCCGGCACAAAGAGCCCGAUCACUUGUACAAGCGAGAACGUGUACAUCUUCUCGCUCACAUCCUUAGAUUAGUGGUUGAGCCCAACACUAAGCAGCAUCCUGAUAUCCAAAAACUUGGCUUGAACGUGAAGAAGCUCGAAGAAACAACAGUCGAGGCCCUUUCAUCCUUCUUCAUGGACAAUGAAGCCAACGCCAAGAAGAGGCCGUUCCUGAACGAAAUCUUCAAAGUAGCUCGUCAGGAGGAGCGAUACAAGAAUGGCGAAAUCGAUGGUUCGACCGAGGUCUAUGUUAUGGCAGAAGACAAGAUGCCCGAGAGUUACGCUUCGGACAAUGAGGAGGCUACGUACAUUAAGGAUGAAGAUGAUCAUGAGGCCAGAUCUAAACCCCUGGCUGCUCAGUGCCUCCCUCAUCCGGCAGCAUCAGAGCCCAGCUCCGCCACAAGCAUUCGCCCGCCCACCUUUAUAAAUGACAUAACGGUCAGAGCCAAUGCGUUUCCACCGUCCAUGAUUGCAGAACUUCCCGCGCAGCCUCACACAUUUGUCGAAAGCGCUACAAUGUCCGUUCACAGCAGCCAGCCCGUGGCUACUACUGCUGCUGCUAACAUCGCUCUCGACAUGGUCGCAAGCCCUCACGACGCCAGCCGCCGGCCAUCAGUGUUCAGUGACUACGCCAGCCCUGGAGGGAUGUACAGUCAGCAAUGGCCACAGGCAUCGACGAAUACCAACGCAUCCACCAUGUAUCCUUAUGCUCAGCAGCAAACCACCGCACAGUCAACGUCGUUUGUCGGCUCCGGGGUUUCGAUGACAACCAAUCAGCCCUUCAUAGCCAAUUCUUUUGAAGCACCGCAACGGAGCGAAUAUGACCAAACCGGAACCUCUCUAUUUCGAUCGGGGGACUUGUCUCAGGCACCCCCAGUCACCCAACAGCAGGGUUACGGCUACGCGUUGCCAAAUGAUGCGCGGGGAAUGAGGGUCAUGACCCAGGUUGUGGAUGCCGCUGGACAUCGCCCGUCUCUACAAUAG